ACAUUGUGUGUGAAAAAAGACAGGUUAUGUUUUUAACAUAAAUAAAGGGAACUACACCUUAAAGUUUUAAGUUAACAGCUAGUAUCACAAAUAAAUACACCAUGUACGACAGUAGCACUUUAUUAUAUUUGUGCAAUUUUGAUGAGCAAUUUAAUAUAGAUCACGAUCAUAUUAAUAAAUUAUGGUCUGGAAAUUGGACUUUGGAAAACGAAAACCUGUGUAAAGAACUUGUAUCAACUGGACUUGAUUCUGAAGUUAUCAAAAAAAUUAUAGAAAAUUGUAAUGAUAAAGAAAGUAUACUAUGUAUUGCAAUUAAUUCUUUGUUGUCUUUUUGUCAACAAAAUUGGAACCCACAUCCGAAAGAGCUUAUUCUAGAAGAAUAUCUUCAUAUUGCUUGGCCUGAGGAUAUAGAUAUUAAGCUGAAACUGCAACGUGAUUCGGAGCCUUUAUAUGAUAAUAUUUUGCAUCCAGAGUUGUUAUAUUUGUCUCACCAAAUAUUUACUGCAUUUUAUUCAGUAGAACAAAAUUUGGUAUACCUGUGGUGGUGUUUUCGUAGUAAGGUCUUGCAUCAAAGAGUAUUAGAUGAUAACAGUGCUACUUUAUAUUCUGAACUUGAGUUGAUUAUGGCAAAAUUGUCUAAUGAGCUUCAGAAUAUGCAAGAUAAACCCCGUCUUCAAAUAUUGUUGUGCCUUGAGAUUGCUCAGACUUAUUUAAUCUAUGGCAGAGUUCAGAAGGUUGAAGAAUAUUUAAUUAAGGCACGAGAAAUAGCUGGGCUGAAGCUAGAACUUACUGGUGUAUUAGGUAAACGAACAAAGUUCCAACAAGAAGCACUGCCACAAUUGGCAUUGUCUAGUGAGUUAGACGAGAGUGUGACACGUCCAUCAGCAGAGGAGAGCCAUGGCAACUCUGUCCUGCCCUCUGAUGUUGAACUCCAAGAUGAUGUUAGACUGAAUAAGAUUCAAUACUCUGAGCGAAUCAAACAAUCUGAGCUGCCAAGUUUAGAGCAAACAUUAUGUCUACUGACUGUGCAAUAUCUACAAAAAUCACAACCAAAAGACGAUUUGAUGUUGGAGGAAAUUCAGCCGUAUAUAGAAGCAAUAUUGACUCAAAAGAAAGGUCCAUGGUCAACGCGCGUAACAGCACUUCUUAUCCGGUGUCGGCUUGAAGCGACACACAAACGAACAGUAGAGCGUGCGAUGUUACAAUGCGAGACUAUUGUGAAUGAUAAAACUGGAGUCAAGCCAACGGACAGGUUAUCAUAUCUGUGGGCGACAGGGUUAUCGCCCGCGUGGACGUGGCGUCAGCAGUUAGCUGACCUGUAUCUGAGUAUGGGACUGGUGAAGGCUGCGUUAGAGGAGUACCAGCGUCUACAACUUUGGGAAGAUAUCAUUGUUUGCUAUACUAUGCUACAACUUCGUCAUAAGGCGGCUGAAAUUAUUCGACAACAGAUUGAGGUCAAUCCAACAGUGAAACUGUACUGCCUUCUAGGAGAUGCCACUGAUGAUAUAUCUUGCUACGAGAAAGCGUGGGAGUUCUCGAAUCACAGAAGCAGUCGGGCUCAGAGACAUUGGGGCAACUUUCUGUUUGACCACAAGAAAUAUGACGAGUGCAUUCCGCAUUACGAGAAGUCAGUCGAGAUCAACUCCAUACAAGAGAGCGUCUGGCUGAGAUUAGGAUACGCAGCGCUGAAGACGGAGAUGUGGGAAACGUCAGCUAAGGCGUACCGACGGUACACAUAUCUGCAACCGAACUCGUUCGAGGCGUGGAAUAAUCUAGCCAAGGUGUAUGUUAACCAGGGCGACAAGAACAGGGCCUAUAGGGCUCUCAUGGAAUCACUUAGGUUCAACUAUGAUAACUGGAAGUUAUGGGAGAACGUAAUAACAGUAAGUAUGGACACCGGACAUUUCGAUGAUGUGAUCCGCGGUUGCCACAGGAUUAUCGACCUUAGGAACAAAUUUGAUGAUGUGGAGCUUCUCUCUCUACUCGUGAGGGCCGUCAUACAAGAUCAUAAAGACGCCGAGGGAAAUAGUACAGCAAGGCUUAGAAAAAGAGUGUUGGAGUUAUUCGGUAGAAUCACCGCCCUAACACAGAACAAACCUGAGAUAUGGCAACUGUAUUCUGAUUUAAGUCCAACGUGUUUAUUAAAAGCGCAACGCCUUUUGAAAGCAUAUCGGGGAUAUACACAGAGUGGUAACUGGUCAAACAACCCAGAAACUUGCAAACAAGUGAUCGAGCUUGCACAGAAUCUUUUAGAGCUAAGUAUGAAGGCGCGACAAGAAGCAGAAGAGAAGGAAAUAUCGCAAUGUGAUCAGCAACUGUCGUCUGCACGUCUCACUGGCCAGGCAGUAUUGCGUGCUGCUGAGAAACAAGCCUGGCCGGGAACAGAGGAUAUAGUUCAACAACUUAAGGAACUUUUCGAUACUAUUACGGAAUAUAUUAAAUCUGUCAUGCAGUAA